AUGAUCGAGCAUGUCCUUGUUCAACUAAAGAAAUCACGGCCAAGUUUAAAAGAGGCAUUUUUGAGGUCUGAUAAUGCAGGGUGUUAUCAUUGCGGGCCCCUGAUGCUAGCCGUUCCAUCUAUUUCAAAGAGAGUGGGUGUCACAAUUAGGCGGUACGACUUUAGUGAUCCACAGUCUGGGAAAGACAUCUGCGACAGGCGAAUUGCGACCAUGAAAAGCCACAUGCGUCGAUAUUUGAACGAAGGAAAUGAUAUAAACACAGCAUCUGAUAUGAAGAAGGCUCUGGACUCAUAUGGUGGUGUGAAGGGAUGCCGCGUUGCUGUUGUCAGUGUGGACACGAGCCGACAAGAAAUAGAACAUCAUAAGUGGACGGGCAUCCAAUCCUACAACAACUUCGAGUUCCUGCGAGGUGGUGUCAGAGUGUGGAAAGCGUACGGAAUUGGCAAAGGAAAGUUGAUACGUAACCAAGAGCUAAAACAGAUGGCUAAGGAACAGGGGAAAACUGGUCUAGUUGUACACGAAGACUUCAGCAACCCAAUAGCCGUGGGCCACAAGGUGGAGAUAAGACCGAGAAUGUCCUUGAUACUGAUUGUCAAGCCCCAAAGCCAGGAUUUCCUUGCCCUGAAGUUGGCUGUGUGA